AUGCAGAGGCUGAGCAAAGGUACCUGGAUGAGCUUGGUUCUAUGGAUUGUUGGGCUCUGUGGCAGCGGUGUGUGUGCUGGAAAACGGUAUGCUGAUGCUGAUGAAGGGGACUCUGGGUCAGAAAGUGUUUUCAGGGCAAGGUGUGUGUCCCGCUGCCUGACCCUGCACAGCGUGGCUGCACCUUUUAUUUCCCUGCAGGGUAAUGGAUCGCUGGGUUGGUGCCAUAGUAACAAACACUGCUCACAGUGCCUGGAGCCAUGCAUUCAUGACUGGAAGGUGAAGAAGAAAAGUAACUGCAGAGAACUUUGUGAGCAAGUAUUUCAGAGGAAGCAGUGGGAGUGCGUGGCCAGCUGUCACUUCCUUCACUCAGUCCUGGCAGCGAAGCAGGGCAGCUGUCCACCACCAGAGGGAGCCAGUGAGUUUGCAGCUGCGUGCAUAGAAAGUUGUGACCAUGACAAGGAAUGCUCUAUGCAGAAGAAGUGCUGCUUCAAUGGGUGUGGACACACCUGCCAGCCUCCCAAAGACCUAUUCAAAGGUGUUCCUCUGAAACCAAAGAAGGAUCUGAGUUUUGAGGAAUCUCCCUCUGGGCGCUUGACCGUCAGCUGGUCGUCCCGUUUGAACAUCUCUGCUGAGCCAGUGGUCUACGUUUUGCAGAGGAGGUGGAACUUUGGCAUCCAGCCCAGUGAGGACACCGCCACCCCCUGGGAGGAUGAGACUCAAACCACAGAGUUGGAGGCGAGUCUGUCUGACAGCCGGCCUGGUCGCUGGUACCAGUUCAGAUUGGCGGCUGUAAACCUCCAUGGGACCAGAGGUUUCACCGCUCCAAGCAAACACAUCCGCUCUAACAGAGACCCCUCCAGUCCACCGGCCCCGUCUGAGCUGAGGGUUGCCGACAUGAACUUUGGCCCUGGCAGACUAGUGAGAGCGAGGAUCGUCUGGGACAUUCCGACAGACCUGGAUGUUCCCAUCCACCACUACAAGGUCAGCUGGACCUGGACAGCAGCUGGACACUCAUCCAUGACCAAGAGGAGGAAGACAGUCAGAGAGAACCAAGUGGAGCUGAGCAGCAUGAGAUCCAACAGGAAGUACAGUGUGGAGGUCCAAGGUGUGUCCCAGUGGGGACAAACAGAGCUCGAAGGUCCUCCAGCUGCCCUCCAUUUCAUCACACAGAGGACGGUCAGUCCUGCUCCACCACGUCACACAGGCGUCCUUCUAGACAUUGGGACUCCGUUCUACCAGGACGGUCAGCUACGUGUUCAUGUUUACUGGCAGACCAGUUCAGAUUCUUCAGUUGAAUUCUACAAACUUCACUGGGGACCAGAAAGCUGCACACACAACCUUACCAAACCCACAGAGAAGACCAGAACAAGGAAGAACUUUGUCAGUCUGCAAGGUCUGCUCUUCUCCUGUAAGUACAAAGUCGUUCUGCAGCCAGUCAGCUCAAAGAGUCGUCUUCCAGCAGAAAGCUCCAGUUUCUUAACUCCUUCCUGUUCCGGCAUCCAGGCUAAGAGCCCCAAACUCAUCCACUGUCCUGGAGAGACGGCUGAGCCAGCAGAGUUCAUCCGUAUGAAGGUUGUCAACCUGACAGCAUCGUUUCAACGUCACCAUGACAAUGUGUCAGCCAUCUUUAGCUGGGAUUUGGCCAUGACUCUUUCCAACCAGCCGCUGCUUGGUUACCAGGCAACAUGGAUGGAGGUUGUUUCGCCCAAACGCCACAGCAACAGGAAGUUACCUCACAGCCUGAUCUCUCAGUCUCAGAUCUUACCUCCGGACGGUAAUGUUCUGAUUGUAUCAGGCUUGCAGCCUGCCAGUGUGUACCGCCUGGAGGUUCGGGUCAUCUCAGCUGAGGGCGAAGGGCCUGCAACCAGCCGCACCUUCCAGACUCCUGGGCCCCAGAGCGUCCCAAAGCAAAUGAGGAUUCCGGUUCGGGAAUGAUCGCCACACUAAUCCAGUCACUACUAGUCACUGAGUCCAGCCUGCAUGACCUCAACCUCCUAAUUUAGCAUCAAUGAAGACUUGACUGAGUUAAGAAGGAGGAUUUCAGGAUCCAGCUGAAUCAACUGUCAAGCAUGUUGUCGGUAUUUUAAAGUUUCAUGGGGUUUAACCUUCAGCUCAAAAUCAUCUUCAUAUUUAUUGGACUCCACAGCCAGCCAGUUCCUUACAUUUACAUAAUGAGAUACAGAAUAAAGUCUGAAAAUCAAAUAUGUAACCAUUUUUGUAUUCUUUCACAAAACCUGGAAAGUUUUAAACAGAAAUGUCAGACUUCUGAAAAAUGCGUUCAUUAUUUAUUUAUUUAUUGCACUCAAUAUUUGGUUGGAUCUUCUUUUGCACAAAUUGCUGCAUAGAUUCAGCUGAGCGUGGAGCAGAUCAGCCUGUGAUGCUACUGAGGUGUCCUGGUUGAUUUUUUGCAGUUUUGUUCUUCCGUAAGCCAUAAUCACCGCAAUUACAAGAUAAUACACUUGUAAACGUGUUCAGAAUGUGAUCUUAGAGCUAACAUUUAAUAAAUAAUUCAGGAGCCGAUGAUGUGUAUUUAUUUUUCAGAGGUGUCAGAGAUGGAAAGUAACACAAUUCAUCCAUGAACCAUCUACACUUCAGACUGCUAUGCAGAGUUGAAAUACAAUCAUUGCUUUUAAUAAAGCAUAAAUAUAGCAAAAAGGAUUUUGACAAUUGAAGAAAUUAAAUGAAUACAUAAAACAGGAAGAUGAACACAAAAUAUGAAAUGACCUUAAAUGUGUGAAAAAGCAGCAAAGUUUGCUGAUUAUGCCAGACUGGUGAUAAAACAGAUUUUUGUUUCUGAAGUAACUGUUCUGUAGUGUUUCUUAGUUAGACAUGAAUGUGUGAAUAUUGGAUUCAACCAGUGACUCAGCAGUCUCCAUAGUAACCACGCAGAAAACCAUUAGGAUGUGAUGGAACUGAUUGGAGCUGUCAAACCUGCAGCAACUGAUUGAUGCUAAAAUGUCAAUUCAAAGCAAAUUCUGUUUCUGACAUUUUAAUGAAGAAGGUCCAACCUUAAAUUAGCUACAGUAGCCAGUGUGUGUGUCUCUGUGUCUGUGUAUGCAUGCUGUACGGUUUCAUGAAUUGUAUUUUUGAAGGAAACCCUGUUGUAAAAUACAG